GCGGAAGCUUCGCAGGCUGCUCCUGCUGCUCCUGUGCUUGAUCCGGCCGCUGAGCUGGCAGCUCAGGCACUUCGCAUGUCCGGUAUUGAACCGGCUCCCCCCAACAUCCCGAAUGCUGCCGCUCUCAAUCAGGGUCUCCUUCGGGCGACCCAGAGAGCAGCCCGUGCAGCUGAGACGGGAAAUGCAGCUGCGAGCGCAGAGGAAGCUUCAGAGGUUCCCUCCGAGACCGCGGACGAAUACGCGCGUCUUGAUGCUCGCGAGGCUGAGCUCCUCGCCGAGGCGGAAGGUUAUCCUCCCGCCGAGGUUGAGGAGGCUCCGCAGCCAGCUGCUGCGAGUGGCGCCGCUCCGAGUGCCCCUCCCGCCAAGGCGCCCCCGCCACACCUGCGGGCAGCCACAGCGGGGGAAGAAGCCCAAGAAGGGCGCGGCACGAGAGCGCCCUGCGAUGAGGCGGGCGAUGGCCCUGUUUCAGGGCCGCUCAUCGCAGGGAGCGCCACUAUCGCGACCAUUGUCGCGUUUUUAGACGCGUACCAUAUGGUGCGCCCCCACGCCCAAGAGGUAGUGGCGGUGGUGGCCGAUGAAGUUGCCUUCGCGACUUCGUCAGCCAUUCGUUUAGGAGCCGUGGCCAUCGCCACGUUGAUCCUAGCGGCCACUGCUGCAGCCUUGGUGGGUGUGCGGUGGACUCUUUCUGCAAAGAGUCGUCUUUUCCAAUCCGGCUUCAACGCCGAGGGCAACGCAGCCGCAGCAGCUCUCCAAUCCGCCGACGCCGCGCCGCCUCUCGCUGCUGUCGACACCUGGAGGUUAGGAGACUUGGAGAGGGAUGAGCGGAGAGAGUGUACUGCGUAUGUGCGGUCCUUUGUGGACCAGGCACAAGCCGAACGGAGAUCUGUUCGAGUGUAUGGGUUGAACGCAGCCGGUCGGGCUCUGCUGCACCAAGAAUGCGCAUCUAGACGCCUGAGCCACGUGACGAGUGGCGAUAAGUCCUUUAUGACCUUUUGGCACGAGGACUGGAGUCCACGAAAGAGCUCCGAAGCCCCAGCUUCGAGUGAGUCGUUCAAGGAUCAGAUCGUUUCUAGCCGAAGCGCCCCGGAAUUGCCUGCUGCCGCGUUGCAGGCUCAAGAAUCUCCUACGGGAGCACUUUCAUAUAAGAGCAUGCGCUCAACAAACUCCGGCGGAGCUGAAUUUGAAUUGGCAUCGCUUCGGCGAGAAUGUGAUGGCUUGCGAAAGGCCCUUGACGAUUCCACUCGACGGGAACAGGGCCUGGCGGCCCAACUCCGAGCUCACCGUGUUCUCCAGGAACAGGUGGCCGAUGGGCGUGUUACGCCGUUGGCUAUUCUAGAUGCCGCGCCCCAGGCGCGAGCUGGAGAAGCGAAUGUCGCCCUCCACCCGGACUCUAGUUUUUUGAGUCCGUUGUUGCAGCUGAUCGGCGACGCUGCUUGCGUCGAGAUUAUGCUCACCGCGUUCACCUAUGACGAUCCAGAACUCACAUCUGCCACAACCGCGGCUAGGUCGAAGUUCGCGCCACUUGCGGAAAAUCCCUUUCGGAUGUCUAUGGAGGCGGUGAAGAUGGGAUAG